AUGGCACCCGCAAUCAUAUUAGAACGGAAGCGUGGUGAAGAACAGGCAAUUAAUAAAAACAACCCAUUUGCCUUCUCGCCAGAACAACUUUCGCAGCUUACGAACCCGAAAAGCCAUGCCACCCUCCUUGAAUUGGGCGGGCUGGCGGCUCUGGAGAAGGGUCUGAAAACGGACCUCCGCGCUGGAUUGAGCGUUGACGAGGAACACCCGACAGGACGUAUCUCUUCCCAAGAGGCAAUCCAGACAGGGGCCAUCCUGCAAACGCAAAAAUUGCCAAGCGGCCCGGAAAUUCCACGUGAACGAGGCGACAAAAAGUGCCAUGGCUUCGUGGACCGCAAACGCGUCUUUGGCGAAAACGUCCUUCCGGAGAAAAAGCCAAAAUCGAUAUGGAGGCUCGCCUGGAUCGCAAUGCACGACAAAGUACUGAUCUUGUUGAGUGUUGCUGCUGUGGUGUCCCUUGCAGUAGGCCUGUACCAGACGUUCGGCCCCACACACGAAGAAGGUGCGAGGGUAGAAUGGGUAGAGGGAGUCGCCAUCAUCGUCGCUAUCCUGAUUGUUGUGGUUGUCGGCGCAUUGAAUGAUUGGCAAAAAGAACGGCAGUUUGCGAAGCUCAACCGGAAAAGGGAAGACAGGCUCGUCAAGGUCAUCCGAUCGGGCCGGGCGAUGAAAAUUGGAAUUCAUGACAUCCUGGUCGGAGAUGUAGUGGUGCUUGAACCAGGUGAUGUUCUGCCCGUGGACGGCAUCCUCAUUGAGGGACAUAACGUCAGCUGUGACGAAGCAUCCGCAACCGGAGAGUCAGAUCUCAUCAAGAAAACACCCGCGGAAGAUGUCCUUGCACUCCAAGCAGAAAAAGGAGACGUAAAGAAGCUUGAUCCGUUCAUGAUCUCUGGCACCAAAGUGUCCGAAGGUGUUGGUACCUUCCUAGUUACUGCAGUUGGGAUACACUCGGGGUUUGGGCAUACGAUGGUAUCCCUGCAUGAGGAGACGGAUCUGACCCCCCUGCAGUUCAAGUUAAGUGCUCUCGCCGGAUAUAUUGCUAAGAUUGGUACCGGCGCUGGACUGCUUUUGUUCGCUGUCCUCCUGAUCGAGUUUCUAGCCAGACUCGGCACAGACGACCGAAGCGCUGAUGAGAAGGCCCAACACUUCAUGAACAUUCUUGUCACGUCGAUUACAAUCAUUGUGGUCGCUGUCCCUGAAGGCCUACCUCUGGCCGUCACCCUCGCUCUGGCAUUUGCGACAAAGAGGAUGACGAAGGACAACAAUCUAGUCCGACAUCUUCAAUCCUGCGAGACAAUGGGAAAUGCAACGGUUAUCUGCUCCGACAAAACGGGAACAUUGACCCAGAACGUCAUGACUGUGGUAGCAGGGACAAUAGGGGCUAAAGCGCUAUCCUUCGGCGAUCGCGACAAGGUCGCGAAAGAGCCAAGUUCCUCCUCGCCUGCAGCGCUCCAUACGAGAGCUACGGACCGAAACCACCUAUCCCAUACAGCCACAGCGGCAAUGCUCCCUGGAGCACGAGCUACAGGUCUACGAGAUUCCGAGAACAGCGCCAUGUCAAUGCUUCCUCCACAGCUACGGGAAAUACUAAAGGAGUCGAUUGCCCUCAACACCACCGCGUUCGAAGGGAUUGAAAAAGGAGCACCGACCUAUAUAGGAUCUAAAACCGAAACUGCACUCCUCGACUGGGCGAAGCGGAACUUCGCGCUGGGUCCACUUAGCGUCGAGAGGUCGAACUACCCCAUGGUGGAGCUGUACCCAUUUGACUCUCGCCGCAAAUACAUGGGUGUCGUGGUCAAGACAUCAAGUGACAAGUACCGCCUGUUUGUCAAAGGAGCGCCGGAGAUCGUACUGGAACAGUGUGCCACAGUGCUUAGCGAGCCUCUGGAUCAGCUGGGGCAUGUUCCGCUGGAGGCCGCCCAAAGGAAGACACUCAUGGAUGUUAUAUCCACAUAUGCGUCCCGCUCCUUGCGGACCAUGGCAAUCGCCUACCGCGAUUUUGACCAGUGGCCGCCACCAACGAGAGCAAGCUCAAAUCCGGACUUUCCCGAGCAGCCACAAGCAUCAGAUGUCUUUGAGCAAAUGACUCUCUUGUGCGUCGUCGGGAUCCAGGACCCAGUCCGUGAUGGCGUACCUGCGGCAGUGAAAGAUUGCCAGCGUGCGUCGGUAGCUGUGAAAAUGGUGACAGGCGAUAACAUCGAAACAGCCAGAGCCAUUGCCAAGGAAUGUGGCAUUCUCAAGGAUGACGGCAUGGUAAUGGAAGGAAGUCAAUUCCGCAACCUUGACAAGCGCGAGCUACAAUCAGCAGCGAAGAGUCUUUGCGUCCUUGCGCGGUCCAGUCCAGACGAUAAACGCAUCCUAGUCAAAGCUCUGAAGGAGCUCGGGGAAGUGGUGGCGGUGACAGGAGACGGUACGAAUGAUGCGGCAGCACUAAGGGCCGCCGACGUUGGGUUUUCAAUGGGCAUUACAGGAACUGAAGUCGCCAAGGAAGCCUCCGACAUAAUCCUCAUGGAUGACAAUUUCUCAUCCAUCGUUAAGGCAUUAGCCUGGGGCCGCACGGUGAACGACUCCGUGAAAAAAUUCCUUCAGUUUCAAAUCACAGUGAACAUCACGGCCGUCAUACUCACUUUUGUCUCAGCAGUUUCGAACAACGACGAAAAAUCUGUCCUUACUGCGGUUCAGUUGCUCUGGGUCAACUUAAUCAUGGACACGUUUGCCGCAUUGGCUCUCGCUACAGAUCCGCCAAACUAUACCGUCCUAGACAGGAAGCCCGAACCCAGAUAUACGCCACUAAUCAACGUCACAAUGUGGAAGAUGAUCAUGGGCCAAUCACUCUAUCAACUCACGGUUACAUUCAUCCUCUACUUCGCCGGGCCGGAUUUCCUGCACUAUCCUACAGACGAGCAGAGGACCUUGGUCUUCAAUGUCUUCGUGUGGAUGCAGAUCUUCAAACUUGUCAACAGCAGGCGCAUCGACAACAAACUCAACAUCUUCGAAGGUUUGCACAAAAAUUGGCUGUUCAUGCUGAUGUUCACCAUCAUGGGUGUUGGCCAGUUGGUGAUCGUGUUCGUUGGUGGAGAUGCAUUCGUGGUGACAAGGCUGAAUGGCGUCCAAUGGGCUAUUUCCCUAGUCUUGGGCUUCAUGUCCAUUCCGGUGGGCAUUGUGAUACGACUUCUUCCUGAUGCCGUGGCAGGCACAAUUAUCCGGUGGGCAGGUGAAUUGUGGCGGUGGCUCGUGCCAGAAGCGAUCAGGAAGCGGAAAUCGAGAUCAAGAGGCCUGCUUCCAGUCGACGAGGCCGACAAGGUGUUUCUCAAUGUCCAAGAAGGUUUGGCUUUCCUGAAACGAAUCCGUGGUGGUCGAAUUCGCUUGUUGGGCCAAGGCAUCAAACAUCCCGUCGAUCUGAUGCGUCGCGCAUCAGUAGUAUCAGGAUCAUCAAUUCCGCCAAUGCAUGCUGCGAUUGCCAUGCCAGGCAUUGUGGCAGCCGGCCCUGGAGGAUUGUCACCAUGCCGUCCUCGAUCGUCUCUGUCGGGGAGUUCUGAGUCUUAUCCAGUUUCUGCUGACAGCCGAUCCGGUAGAGCCUAA